AUGUGGACUACUCUGGACCGCGGAUGCUUGGGGAUCUUCUGCCUGUCCCUCCUGGUGACUGUGGUCUGCGGGACGCAAAGUGCCAAUGAACCCAGCAACAUGUCAUACGUGAAAGCCACCGUGGACAAGCUGCUGAAGGGCUAUGACAUCCGACUGCGCCCUGACUUUGGAGGCGCCCCCGUGGAUGUUGGCAUGAGCAUAGACAUCGCCAGUAUUGACAUGGUGUCUGAAGUCAACAUGGACUACACCAUCACCAUGUACUUCCAGCAGUCCUGGAGGGACAAGCGUCUCUCCUACACAGGCAUUCCUCUCAACCUCACCCUGGACAACCGAGUGGCGGACCAGCUGUGGGUCCCCGACACCUACUUCAUUAAUGACAAGAAGUCCUUUGUCCACGGGGUGACAGUGAAGAACCGAAUGAUCAGACUGCACCCUGAUGGAACCGUGCUCUAUGGUCUCAGGAUCACCACGACUGCUGCCUGCAUGAUGGACCUGCGCAGAUACCCGCUGGACGAGCAGAACUGCACCUUGGAGAUUGAGAGCUAUGGAUACACCACUGACGACAUUGAGUUCUACUGGCAGGGAGGAAGCAACGGGGGCUCGGUCACUGGGGUGGAGAACAUUGAACUGCCCCAGUUCUCCAUCAUAGACUACCAAACCCUUUCCAAGAAAGCUGUGUUUGCCACAGGCUCCUAUCCACGUCUGUCUCUGAGCUUUAAGCUGAAGAGGAACAUUGGCUAUUUCAUCCUACAAACUUACAUGCCCUCCAUCCUGAUCACCAUCCUGUCCUGGGUCUCCUUCUGGAUUAACUACGAUGCCUCGGCUGCCAGAGUAGCUUUAGGUAUAACCACGGUGCUGACCAUGACCACUAUCAAUACCCACCUGAGAGAAACUCUGCCCAAGAUCCCGUAUGUCAAGGCCAUUGACAUUUACCUCAUGGGUUGCUUUGUCUUUGUCUUUCUGGCCUUGCUGGAGUAUGCCUUUGUCAACUACAUCUUCUUUGGCCGUGGUCCUCACCUGCAGAAGAAGGUAGCAGAAAAGGCUGCGAAGUCCAACAAUGAGAAUAAGAGCAGACUGGAGAGCAACAAAGUGCAGGUUGAUGCUCAUGGCAACAUCCUCCUGACCAACCUAACCAGUGAGAUGGGUGGAGCAGAUAUGAUGGGUGCACUCAACGACCCUCGGGCCACCAUGUUCUCUUACGACAGCGCCAGCAUACAGUACCGCAAGCCUAUGACGAGUCGAGACCUGUACGGACGACCGGCCCUCGACAGGCCAAUAGGCCAUAAGAAGGGCCGCUUGAGGAGAAGGGCCUCACAGCUCAAAGUCAAGAUCCCUGACCUCACGGAUGUCAACGCCAUAGACAAGUGGUCCCGUGUCGUCUUCCCAAUCACAUUCACCUUUUUCAACCUGGUCUACUGGCUUUACUAUGUCCACUAG